CUGGCAACAAUGAAUCGGGUGUAAAUCUAGUAAAACGUGUUUGUAGCGUUUUGUUUUUUAUAUGCAAAUAACUUUUCUAAAUAAAAGAGCUGUUACCAAGUACAAAAUGAAUCUGUAACCUACAAAAAACAAAAUACGGCUCUAACAACGGAUCCGUCAGAAUUAUGUGUCCUGUGCCGAUAUGGGGAAUUUUGAGAUAUAACUUAAUAAUCAGCUGCCGUGAUUGAUACUCGUGAAUAAGGGUAUACAUGUCGGUACAAAAAAUGAGGUUAUGAAUUUAUCAAAAAUUUGACAAGAUAAAAGUAGUGUUUACUUGUAAUGAAAUUUAAAAAGUGUAUUAUUUAAUUAAAAACAUGUUUAAUCAGUUUGUAAACUUAUUCAAAAGUAACCGCACAAGUACGUGCGUCAAAAUGAGUAGUUCUGUAAACAAUAUAGCCUCAGCAAAGUUAUUUCACACUUCAGAAGGUAAAAGACAUGGUGAAUACGAGUGGCAAGAUCCAAAAUCAGAAGACGAAGUUGUGAAUAUAACUUACAUCCUAAAGGAUGGCAAACGGGUUCCUGUAAAAGGCAAAGUUGGAGACAAUUUAAUGUACCUAGCUCAUCGCUAUGAGAUUCCCAUGGAAGGGGCUUGUGAAGCAUCCCUGGCGUGUACCACCUGUCAUGUAUAUAUUCAGAGCAAUCAUCUAGAUAAGCUGCCUACUCCAACUGAAGCUGAAGAUGAUCUCCUAGAUAUGGCACCAUUUUUGAAAGAAAAUUCAAGACUAGGCUGCCAAGUUGUGUUAAAAAAGGAAUACAAUGGACUGGAGGUUCAACUGCCUCAAGCUACCAGGAACUUUUAUGUUGAUGGUCAUACACCAAAACCACAUUAG